GUGAGCUCAGACCUGGACUAACAGGUGUGCAGACUCGCGGAUUGAUCUACACCUCAGCCACAGGAGUUGUCUAAGAUGGGAGGACGGUGCAAACGAAAGGAGCCCAGACAAGGUGAUGAAACAUCGGACACGGGAGCUGGGCUCUCUCCGCUGCCCCGGGACACCGCGGCGGGCUUGACCGAGUCACACACACCUGUCCCCGGCGUGACUGCCCAGGGUGCGGGCGGUAGGCGGAAAGGUGGAAGACGUCCCAUUUACGAUGAUGACAAGGUCUACCUUGGAGUGCGUGUCAAAAUGCCAGUGAGGGAUCUGCUCAGAAAAAUCCGCACAGCUCGAGGCUGGGAACCUCAAGAUAUGCAGGGGACACACGGCAAAACGGACAAAGGAGUUCAAACACGAGUCAAAACUCGCGCGGGACGCCAAAGUGCAAAGAAAAAACGCGCCACAAAAAGCCUGGAGGAGCUGGCGAUCAUCGUCGAGGUGCUGGAGGAGGAUCUGCGGACCGGCAGCAUGUGCCGUUCCUCUCCCCAAUCCUUUUCCUCCUGCAACCCUCUGGUGUCUCCAGGGAGGUCACCAACUGGUUCAACAGGGUACAACAGUGACGAGUCCGAUGAAAUGAUCCCCAGCCCUCGGUCCUACGUGACCUGCUCACCAGGCACAGCAGAGUACCAGCAGACCCGGUCCCCUCCUGGCUUCACGUACCACACCCUCCAACCUUCAAGCUUCGGACACAGCGGAGGAGAGGACGAGUGGUUUGACCCCCUGAACCACGACUGGAGCCUGAACAACUCGGCUUUCUUCUGGGCACAGCUCCACAAAGAGGAGAGCCGGCUCAGGGAGAUCUCUGACGCCGUACUGCUGGCCCCCGACGCACACGGCAGGACAGCUUUCCAUAAAGUGGCGUGUGUCGGGAAGAGGGCGCUGGCUACGCCAUCGCCAAAAGAAUGGCCGCACUUAACAGCCUGGACCUCAAAGACUCUGAUGGAAUGACCGCCCUCCUCCAUGCAGCAAAGCACAACCACCACCUGAUGGUAGCAGAUCUGAUCCGUUUGGGGGCCAACGUCAAUGAGACCGACAACUCGGGGAAGACCUGCCUCCACCUCAGUGCUGAGAAAGGCUACAUCAGAGUCCUGGAGGUCAGAGCCUUGCUUUGGUCGAGGGUUGGGCAAGACAAAGAUAUUUUAUCAUAUCGAGAUAUGAAACUAUAUAUAGUCUUAGAUAUCGGGUAUUGUUAUGUUAUGGUAUGGAAAAAUUUGUGUUUUUUAUUUUAUUUUAAAGGUUACACUACAGUUAAGUUUCUCAGCGAAGACAAAAGAAAAAUUACCAAAAAAAAAAAAAAACACACACACACACACACACACACACACACACACACACACACAAAAGGAACUGACCUGGAAAAAACUGGCUAAAAUAUAUAGAUUCUGUAACAUUACUUUAAAAUAGACUCAUGUAAUUAGAUAUAAAUAUAUGUUUUUCCCUGGACUCUAGAAAUUUUUUUUUGGCAGUUUUUGGAACAUUUCUUACCAAGUUACAAUAAGUUUCUCAA